GCAUGGGAUCCUCUCAUUUUCCUAUCAAAUAUAUUAUGACUCACCUCUUCACUCUCGCUGUCAACUCAUACUAUUAUUUAUUAUUUAUAAAUAAACAUUUCCUGCUGCUCAUUUUUUGCAAACCACAUCUUCCAUCUUGUCUUCUGCUCAUGGCCCAAUUCCAUUCUCUUCUCCUCUUCCUCCUCCCUCUGUUCAAUCUCAUUGCUUUAUCACUUCAACAACAGUCACCUCACCAGAACAUCUCCCCAGUUGAUCUUGCCGCACUAGCAGCCAUUAAGGCUUCUCUCACUGAACUUCCAGGUACCCAUUUCUUCUCCACCUGGAACUUUGACGCACCCGAUCCCUGCUCCUCCUUCGCCGGCAUCACCUGCUCUUUCUCCCGCGUCACCAUUCUCACACUCGGCACUGGACUCUCCACCUCCCGUGGCCUCGCGGGCUCACUCUCCCCUUCUCUCGCCAACCUCACCCAACUCACCCAACUCAUUCUCUUCCCCGGGCUUGUCGCCGGUUCCAUCCCGCCCCAACUGAGUCAACUCACCAAUCUCCGGGUAAUCUCUUUCACCAAUAACCGAUUAACUGGACCAAUACCUCCCUCUCUCUCCGCUCUUCAAAACUUGCACACGCUCGAUCUCAACGGCAACCAGCUCACUGGGUCAAUCCCACCGAGUCUCACCGCUUUGCCCGAGUUAAAAGUACUGGUUUUAGCUUCUAACGAGCUAUCCGGCGAAUUAACCAGUGUGUCGGCUCAGCUGCUGCAUUUAGACGUGAAGAAGAACAGAGUCAGCGGACCGUUGCCGCGAUCCCUACCGCUAUCACUCCGUUACCUGUCGUUAUCUGAAAACACAAUGUGGGGCCCAAUCAACGUAUUGGAAUCACUGACGGAGUUAAUCUACCUCGACCUCAGCAUGAACCAAUUUAAUGGGCCCAUCCCAAACUCCCUCCUUCAUCCCUCCCUCUCAACACUCUUAUUGCAACGGAACAAUUUCUCAGGGUGGGUCCCACGAACGGUCAACACAGGAUCAACUAUAUCAUACGGUGGAGGGUCGAUCGUUGACCUUAGUCAUAACUUCCUAACCGGAGAAUUAUCACCUGUACUAGCAGAAGUUGAGAGCUUGUUCUUGAAUAACAACCGUCUGAUCGGGAAAGUGCCAGAGGAGUACGUUAAGAGCGUUUUAGAGGGUAAAACCCAAACAUUAUACUUGCAGCAUAAUUAUCUAUCGGGUUUCCCGUUGGAUCCCGGGUCGGAAUUGCCCGGUACGGCUGCGUUGUGCUUGUCUUAUAAUUGCAUGGUGCCGCCGGUGGGGUUGGCCACGUGUCCCAAGAGUGCAGGAAGGCAGCUAUGGAGGCCCGCCUCACAGUGCUCAGUGUUCAACAAUCAUUCAAUAUUCAACAUUACGCAAAUAUAGCUAGCUAUAUCUGUAUAUGUUACUUUUAGCCAAAAAAGGAAAAGAAUAUGAACUGGGUCGGGUCAAAUUUACCUGCUUUUUUCGGCAUUCGCUUUUGACUUCUUCUUCUACUUUGUUAUGUCAUUGAAACUAUAUAUGAAUAGCUUAUUGUAUACUGUACCAA